UGCGCGCGGCACUCUGAGCAGCAGCAGCAGCGGCGCGCGGCCAUGGCGGAGUCCCAGCUCGCGUGCAUGGACGACGAGCACGUGAACGAGAAGGUGCCGGAGUCGCGCGCGGACUUCUACUACAGCGAGGAGCAGCGCGCGGCCCUGGAGCAGCUGCUGCGGCACGGGGACGCGGCCUUCCGCGCGCGCCUGCACGAGGACAACGCCAAGGACUUCCUGUGCGCGCGCGAGGUGCGAGCCCUCCGGGACGCGCUCCGGGAGUACGACCCGGACAGGGACUCGGACCCCGGGGGGGAGCGGGUGGGGGGGGGGCCCGGGGGGGGGGGGGGGGGCAGCGCGGACUCCGGGGUCCACUCCACCUACUGGCCCCAGAUGUCCGACACCGAGGUGCCCGCGCUGGACAUCGGGUGGCCGGGCAGCAGCGGGGUCUAUAAAGGGGUCACGCGCGUGUCCGUGCACACGCACCCGCCCAAAGAGCCCGGGCCGCACAUCAAGGAGGUGGUGAGGAGGCUCAUCCAGGGCUCCAGCAAGGUGGUGGCCAUCGUGAUGGACCUCCUGACCGACCUGCAGAUCCUGCAGGACCUGCUGGACGCCUCGGCGCGGCGCGGGGUGGCGGUCUACGUCCUGCUGGAGGCCGGGGGGGUCCCCCACUUCCUGGACAUGUGCUCCCGGCUGCAGGUCAACACCAUGCACCUGCGGAACCUCCGCGUGCGCACGGUGAGCGGGGCGGGGCUGGCCCUGUCCUUCGGAAAGCUGCCCGGCUCCCUGUGCUCCAAAUACAUGCUGGUGGACGGAGAGAAAGUCAUGUUCGGGUCGUACAGCUUCACCUGGAGCUCGUCUCGGAUGGACAGGAACGUGAUCACCGUGAUGUCCGGACACACCGUGGACUUCUUUGACCAGGACUUCCGGGAGCUGUACGCCGUGUCGGAGCCGGUGGAUCUCUACCGGGAGUUCGGCCUCACCCGGCCGCCCCUCCCCACUCCCGCCAUGAAGCCCAAAAUGGAGCACCGGGCCCCGCCCACCUCCAUGUCCCGGUUCCAGGUCUCGGUCGGGGACUCGGGACAAACCGACCUGAAGGUGCCCGCUCAUAAGUACCACAACCCAAAGUACUCCCUGGUGUUUGGGAACAGUUUGGGCCGGACGGGGUCACUCCAGGACCUGUCCACUCAGAGGGACCAGAGAAACGGCGUGCAGAACGGCGUGCGGAACGGGGACGGCGGGGAAAAGGCGGUCGCUCAGAACCAACCGGCCGAGGAAGAAGACGAGGAGAUCAAGGAGAGCCUGAAGAAGAACCUGGCGGCGUCGGCCAGGAAGCAGCGCAGCUCCUUCAGGCACUUCCUGAAAGGCCGGGGAGCCAAUCACAGCACGGAGACCAUAGAGGAGGGCGUGGCCACCCCCCAGAGCCCCGCCCCCGCGCCCAGAGACCCGGAGGCCAACGGCGCGGCGGGAAAAGAGCUCGAGGACUCGUUCGAGAUCGUGGAGAAACCAGGACCUCUGAAAGCCCUGAAGGCCAAAAAGCCGUCCAAACUCAGCCAGAGGAGCCUGUCCCUGCAGACCAUCAACAUGGCCGACGAGGACGGAUUCAAAUCUCGCCGGCGGCACCAGAAGAAGAACUGCAUCCAGUCGUGAUCCGGAGAGGCCGUGACCAGGAGGCCCCGCCCACCUGUGACCA